AUGGACGGCGAGGUGGUCGCCGCUGGCUCGAUAGCGGCUGGCGCUUAUAGAGGUCGAAGACGCCGAGGAAAGCGAGAUGUGUUUCAAGGAUCGGCCAGCUGGAUAAGCAGCGUGAUAAACCUGGUCAAUACGAUCGUCGGUGCCGGUGUCCUUGCCAUGCCCCUUGCCAUCGCACAUAUGGGAAUCGUACUUGGAGUACUGGUGGUUAUUUGGUCAGGAAUCGCUGCGGGUUUUGGACUGUAUCUGCAGUCACGAUGUGCACAGUACCUAGAUCGGGGUUCUGCGUCGUUUUUCGCCCUCUCCCAGAUUACAUACCCGAAUGCAGCUGUCUUUUUUGAUGCCGCGAUUGCGAUUAAAUGUUUCGGCGUUGGCGUGAGCUAUCUUAUUAUUAUCGGGGACCUAAUGCCCGGUGUCGUUGAGGGCUUUGUCGGCGGGGUGCCAGAGAGCGAGUUUCUCCUCGACCGGCGCUUUUGGAUAACUGCGUUUAUGCUUAUCAUCAUCCCCCUGUCUUUCCUCCGUCGGCUUGACUCGCUCAAAUAUACCAGUGUCGUCGCUUUGAUCUCGAUUGGAUAUCUAGUGAUAUUGGUCGUUUAUCACUUCGGAAAGGGGGAUACCAUGGCCGAUCGUGGCCCUAUUCGCAUUAUCCAAUGGGCCGGCAUUGCUCCCGCACUCAGCAGUUUUCCAGUCAUUGUGUUCGCUUAUACGUGCCACCAAAACAUGUUUUCUAUUUUGAACGAGAUCAACGACAACAGUCAUUUUCAGACGACCAGCGUGGUGUUCGCUAGCAUUGGAGGCGCCGCUUCGAUAUACAUUCUUGUCGCCAUUACGGGUUAUCUAUCUUUUGGAAACAACAUCGGGGGAAAUAUUAUCGGAUUGUACCCAACAUCCGUUUCAGCUACAAUCGGCCGGGCUGCAAUCGUCGUUCUAGUCAUGUUUUCCUAUCCUUUACAGGUUCACCCCUGCCGCGCAUCUAUCGAUGCGGUAUUGAAAUGGCGCCCUGCGCCAAGAGCAUCUAAUGGCAAUGAUGUCUCGCCUCAUCGGUUUCCUCUUCUUCCUCGCGCCAACCGCGGGCCUGAGCCUAUAGGUGAUGUUCGGUUUGCGGCCAUCACCACUGGGAUCAUCGUUCUCAGCUUCAUCACUGCCAUGACGGUGUCAUCUCUGGAAGCUGUUCUGUCAUAUGUCGGGAGCACCGGUAGUACCAGCAUCAGCUUCAUCCUCCCUGGACUAUUUUACUACAAAAUCUCCUCCCCCGAGUCCGCCGCCCACCAACAACUCAUGAAAGAAGAUGACGAGGCAGACGACGAUGCCCUCUCCGAUGACGGUGUUCCCGGUGACGAUCACCAAAGCCUGCUCAGCGGGAGCGGCCUCCUCUCAUCCAGCGGUAUCCUGGGAGGCACUCGCCACUGGCGCAAGAGCCUACUCCGCCGACUGAGUCUUGCUUUGACUGUAUAUGGUAUUGUGGUGAUGGUAGUUUGCCUUGGCAUGAACAUUUUCUUCCACGUAUCCAAAGAAUCAUAG